UCUUUGCAUGCUCUAGCCUUUCUCUCUCUCAACUCUACUCUAUCACCAUCACCACCUCUGCACUUAGAUAUGAGUUUUCACAAUAAUAAAGCCUAAACUUGUUUUGGUCAACAAGACCCUCUUCUCUAUCUUCUCCUCCCAUAUCUUGCUUCUUCUCAUCAAAAUCAUGGACAACUGUUUCCAAGAUCAUGGAAACAACAACAAUGGCACUGCAGUUAUAUCCACAGUGGCUUCCAUUGCAGCCUCGGCUAUGCUAAUUCGAACAAUUGUCUACGAUUACGUUCCUCAUGAGAUCAUAAACUUUUUCAACUUAAAGUUUCAUGACAUGAAGCGUUUCUUCUCCUCCCAACUCACCAUUGUGAUCGAAGAGUUCAAAGGAGUUUCAAAGAACCAAGUUUAUGAGGCUGCAGAGGUCUAUUUAGGAAGCAAAGGCACACUCUCUGCGGUUAGAGUUAAAGCAAGCAAAUCAAUGGAGGACAAGAAUCUUGCAUUUGUUAUGGACAAGAACCAAGAAGUUUGUGAUGAUUAUGAAGGAGUUAUGGUGAGGUGGAAGCUAUGCUGUGAAUAUGUUGCUUCAGCAGGUAACAAAGAACACCCUGAUGAUAUCAAUGCUUCUUUGAAAUCAGAGGUAAGAUCCUAUGAACUCACCUUUCACAUGAAACACAGAGACAAGAUCUUCAAUUCAUAUUUGCCCUUUGUGUUGGAAAGAGCAAAGGCUAUUAGAGAAGGGAACAUGGCUUUGAAGCUUCACACAAUUGACUAUGAUCAUUAUUGGGUUGGAGAAGUCAAGUUUUGUCACCCCAUGAGUUUCAAGACACUUGCAAUUGAUGAUGAACUCAAGAAGGAGAUAGUUGAUGAUUUG